GCGCCGGGCACGGCCGGGAGUGUUACGUUGCCGCAUCUGCGGUUUGCGCCUGGCACCUUUUGUUCAGUUCGCCAUCUUGCUCUCGUGUGACGCCUGUGUUGUCGACUGUACGCCGUUUAAGGGGCUCGCCGCUCGCGCAACAUUCAACAGUGUGCGCCGCCGACACGGCUGCGCUUUUGGCCCGUCCCGAGACACGUUUUCCUGUCCGUCGGACAGUUUGCAGCCCCAGCCGCCGUUUCGCACAGGGACGACGAGAAAGCCAAAAGAUGGAAACGGCACCAAGAAAACGUGGUCGACCAAGAGUAGUUAAAAUGGAGAAACGCAGCCCAGAACCUGAAGAUUUAGAAGCAAUAUUACAAGAUAUAGAUGAUGACGCUAUUGAUGAUUAUGAUUACAUUCCAAAUGGUGUAGACUACGAAGUUAUCAAAAAUAAAAAAAAUAUCAACAAUAAUGAAGAUGUGUAUGACUUUGAUGUAGAAAAGGAAGAUGGGCCUGGCAUAAUAAAACCAGAAAUAGUUCCUGAACCCGAUCCACAAGAACAUGCUUGUAAUAUAUGUCCGAGGACAUUCAAAACCCUCCCUGGUUUAAAAAGACAUAAGACAUCACAUGAUCGGAAACCUCAAGAACCCACUGUUUUGAAUGAUGAUUCAAUGAAGAAAGAAUUAAAUAACUGUGACUGUUGUGGUGAAGAUUUAGCUACUGCUCAUACGAAUGGUGAUUUCGAAUGUUAUGAUUGUGGAAACUUUUUUAAAUUAAAAGUUAAUAUGGAACGCCAUCAGUUAAUGGUACAUUGUUAUGAUGACAUUUUAAACUGUCCCACUUGUGACUUCAAUUGUAAGGACAAAGAAACGUUAUCUCAACAUUUGUAUGCUCAUGCCGGAACUUUAAAACCUUAUUCGUGUCCCGUUUGCUUUACAUCAUUCAGUAGAAAAUAUCAUCUUGUACGUCAUAAUAUGCAAACUGGUUGCGAUGGUUCAGAAAAACCUAAAUUUCCUUGUCAAGUUUGUGGAAAAGUUUUUAAUCGAAAGGAUAAUCUAAGAGAACAUUUACGUGCUCAUGCUGGUCAAACUAAAAAGAAACGUACUUAUAACUGUGAAUAUUGUAAUAAGGAAUUUGUUGGCUCUGCAUUAUUAACAGUUCAUAGAAGAAGUCAUUUAGGUUACAGACCAUAUCAAUGUGAUUUAUGUGUUAAACGUUUUCCGUCCAGUGGAGCCAUGAAAAAACAUCGAAGAAUUCAUACCGGUGAACGUCCUUAUGAAUGUCAACAAUGUUUCGCUAAGUUUGCGGCCAAGGAAACUUUAAAUCGUCAUAUCAAAACACAUACCGCCCUUAAACCACAUUCUUGUGAAUUCUGUGGCAAGACCUUUAUACAAAUUUCACAAUUGCGUGCUCAUUUAUUCCAUCACACAGGUGAAAACGGUUUUACAUGUGAUAUUUGUGGAAAAUCUUUUAAUCGUCGUUCGCGUUUAACACUUCAUACCAGAUAUAUCCAUGAAGGAGCUCAACCAUUUAUGUGUACUGUAUGCAACAAGGCAUUACUGCGAAAAGAAGAUGUACAAAGACAUAAUAUUGUUCAUUCUGGUAUUAAAGCUCAUGCAUGUCCUAUUUGUGACAAACGGUUUGCAAUGAAGUCUUCAUUAAAAAUUCACUUAUUAACACAUACUAAAGAGCCUCCACGAGCAUGUGAUGAAUGUGGUCGUGCAUUUAUCCGUCAAGAUUGUUUAUUACGUCAUAUGCGUUCAAAACAUAGAGAUAUGUUAGCUGAAAUAAUGGCUGAUGCUGAAAAGAAAAAACUAGAAGCUCAGCUUUCGGGGGUCGGGAAGAAAGAUAAAAAUGACCAAAACGAUUCUGAUGAAAUUGACAAUGAUAGAGAGGGUGACGAUGAAAGUAUUGAUGAAUUAGAAGAUAAUGGGUCAACCACAAGUGAAGAAUCCAAUCAAAACAACACUUUGGCAGAAUCACUAAUGGAAUUGCUAACCGUAUUAGUAGAUGAGAGUACGCUUAAAGAAUUUGGCUGGCCAGGAACAACAGUUGAUCAUUUAAUUGAAUCUGUGAUAAAGAGAUGCGGUCACUCUCCUACAGCCACUGAAGAUGCUUCAUACAUGACUAGACUUAGGGAGAAUUCAAAACAAUUAUUUUCAAUUAUCAUUGAUGAUUCAGCUAUUCAAACACUACUCAACAACCAAACAAUUGAGGAAGUUAUUGAACAUGUUUUAAAAUUGGCAAAGGCGUAGUAUAGAAUCCAAUCAUAUUAAAAUUGUUUUUAAUUUUUGUCCACUUUCACUCGGUUGUUAAAACUCAUUUAUCAAAGGUCAGACUUUAUUUUUAUAAUUGUUUAAAUUUACGCUAGAAAUGUAAGUUUUAAAUAUUAUUAGUUUUAAGUUUAUAUUAUUUGAUUUACCUAUAUUAAAAUUAUCAGCAUAUUAUGUCAGUUUCCUGUUUUUUAUUAAAUAGUAAAUACUAAGGUUAAUAUUUUUAACUAUUAAAUACUUUAUAUUUUAUAUUUCUGAGAAAAUGCACCUUAUUUUGUAAAAGUAAUAACUAUUGUGGAAUUAAUUUUUUUUUUUUUUUUUGGUAUUUUAAUUUAUAUUAUUAUUUUAAUUUAGAUUAUUAUUUUAGUUAUCAUAAUAUUCUUAUAAAAUUUAGGUGUAUGGCAUGGAUUGUAUUUAAUAAAUAAUUAAUAUGUAAAAAAAA